AAAACAUGAUCUCAUUCUCAUCUUUUGUUAUAUAUAAAUAGAUAUACCCUCCAUGCCUGAUAGUCCAUUGUGCAACCAAGAGCCCCUUUCGAGCUUUCUUUAAGGAACAACUUCAUCUAUAGUUCGACUGAAAAUGGAAGCUGUCGGGGACAGUGGUGCUAAAUAUGAGUGCUUGCUCUUUGAUAUGGAUGACACUUUGUACCCUUUGAGCUUGGGGAUCAACCUGGCCUGUCGCAAGAAUAUAGAAGAAUAUAUGUUGCAUCACUUGCAAAUUGAAGAAACUGAAGUCCCUAGGAUGUGUUUGGAGUUGUACAAAGAAUAUGGAACAACAAUGGCUGGUCUUAAGGCACUUGGAUAUGAAUUCGAUAACGAUGAGUUUCAUGCUUAUGUUCAUGGUAGAUUACCCUAUGAGUUGCUAAAACCUGAUCCACUGCUACGAAAUCUGCUAUUGUCCAUGCCCCAACAGAAAAUAAUCUUCACGAAUGCAGAUGAAGCACAUGCAGCUCAAGUGCUCAGUAGGUUGGGCUUGGAAGACUGCUUCCAAGAUGUUAUUUGCUUUGAAACUCUUAACCCUCCCAUGGAACCUGUUAAAUGCAUAAACGGAACGUAUGAAGAAGAGCCUCAGGAUGCCACUGAGACAAGGAAGAAUGAAGAAUCGAGUUUUAAGACUAAAAUUUUGUGCAAGCCUUCAUUAGAAGCCAUUGAAGCUGCCAUCCGUAUCACAAAUGUUGAUCCAAAGAAAACAAUAUUCUUUGAUGAUAGUGUUCGUAACAUUGCCAAUGGAAAAGCAGCUGGUCUUCACACUGUAAUUGUGGGAAGAUCAACUCUGGUACCAGGUGCCGAUCAUGCUUUAAACAGCAUACAUAAUAUAAGAGAAGCCUUGCCUGAGAUAUGGGAAGAUGAAGGAGAGCAUUUGGAGCAAAUAAUCCAAUCGCCUGUGGUAGAAACUGUUGUUCGAGCGUAAAUCAGAUUACACAUUUAAUAGGUGUGCUAAGAAGCAGCAAACUGAUGUUAAACGUCUAUGACGUGAAGGAGACUGCUUACCUGAGAUAUGUUAGUAAAAUGCUUGUUGAUUAAUAAAAUUAUAGGGUGUGUGCGAAGAUGAUCA